UGCUUUCUACUAUUAUUGAAAGGCAGAGCACCUGCCAUGCUUGCUCAAAAAAAAAGAUACUUAAAGUGAACACAAACAUAGGCAGGCUGCCAAAAAUCUACUUGGAAGUCUGCGUCUGGACGUGUUUCAAAAAAAAAAAUCUACUUGGAAGUGAUGAAGGAAGGAAGAAGGAAGGAAGGAAGGAAGGAGCCAAAAAGAAAGCAAGGAGGCGGCGAGGUGCGGUCCACGGCCGAUUCCACCAGCCGCAUCUCAUCUCAUCUCAUCAGCCGAUGGGAUUGGGAUUGGGAUUGUCCCAUCACCGGCGGAUAGAAAGACAGGCAGAUGCUGUCGCCUUUGGCGCGCCGGCCGCUCUCCGCCGCCGUGGCCGCGGGCAACCUCCUCGGCAUUCAUCUCUUCCAGUGCCCCGUACGACGUCUCUUCUCCUUGAUUUCCAUUUGGUCAUGGCCUCUCGUUCCUCCAACCAAUGAACUCUACGUCCUGCAGGACGCCGUCGGCAUCGUCGCCAAGCUGUCCGAGUGCAUCGCCUCCCGCGGCGGCAACAUCCACAGCGUCGACGUCUUCGUCCCCGACGACAGGCCCGUCUUCUACUCCCGCAGUGAAUUCACCUACAACCCGAGGCUCUGGCCGCGUGAUGAGCUGCACAAGGAUUUCCUCAAUGUGGCACACUGCUUCAGUGCACAAAGGUCCACCGUACGGGUACCUGAUCUUGACCCCAAAUACAAGAUCUCAAUCCUCGCUUCAAAGCAGGACCACUGCUUGUUUGAUUUGCUGUAUAGAUGGCAAGAAGGCAGGCUUCCAGUUGAUAUUGAUUGUGUUAUAAGCAACCAUGACAGACCACAAGAUAAUCAUGUAAGACGCUUUCUUCAGAGGCAUGGAAUUCCAUAUCACUACUUACCCACCACUUCUGGGGACAAAAGCGAGCAAGGGAUACUAGAAUUGAUUCAAAGCACAGAUUUUGUUGUGCUGGCAAGAUAUAUGCAGAUACUGUCGGAAAGCUUUUUAAAAGCAUAUGGUAAAGAUAUUAUUAAUAUUCAUCAUGGCCUUCUUCCCUCAUUUAAGGGAGGGCAUCCUUCCAGACAGGCCUUCAAUGCUGGGGUGAAGUUGAUUGGAGCAACUAGCCAUUUCGUCACUCCCGAACUUGAUGCUGGGCCAAUCAUUGAACAGAUGGUUGAGCGAGUUUCUCACAGAGAUACGCUACAGAGUUUUAUUGUGAAGUCUGAGAACCUUGAGAAGCAGUGCCUAGCAGAGGCUAUUAAGUCAUACAGUGAGCUUCGUGUCCUACCAUAUGAACUGAAGAAGACUGUUGUAUUCUGAUCUAAAAAUUUUCUUAUGUAUUGGUGUGAUGUGUAUUAAUUUUCCCAAAACAAGCAAUAAAUGAUUCAUUUUUAUAUAUUUCCACAAUCUCUCCCUAUCGCUUUGUGGUUGUG